UAAAGUGCUAGAAGAGAAAUGAUGUAUUAAUUAGACAACAGAUAGUCGUUUGAACUAGUGCAGAUAAACUACAAUUUUGGUGAAAAAUUUGUUUGUUGAUCGCGUUAUCUUCAUUUCUCAGUCUCUGUCCACACCAGUAUUUACUAAAAGCGAUAAAUUUGAACAUUUUAUUGAAAAAAUGGCAACGCCUGUGAUUGACGUUUAUAUCAAACUACCAUCAGGAAAAACUACAACAGUGAAUCUUCUUCCGUCAGCACAAGUGGUAAAGAUCUACGAGCAUGUCGCCAAAGAGGCGGGGGUCGGCGUGGGUCAGGUUCAGCUGAAAUACACAGGGAAAAUCCUGAAAAAACAAAACACGCUCGGAUACCUGGGCGUCUGCAAGGAGACGAUAUUGAAAGCUGAGGUAAUUCCUUUGAAGAAGAUUAAUAUAUAUGUGAAGAAGACAGGUGGAGAAACUUUACCUCUCACCAUAGACAACACUUCCACUGUGCAGGAGAUUAAAAAUCAACUGGAAGUAAAAACUGACUCUGAGCCAGCAAAACAGAUAUUGAAGUUGUCAGGUGCGCUGCUGAAAGAUAACAAAGAAACAGCCAUCGAGGCUGGGAUACACGAUGAGGCUCUUCUGACUCUGGAGGUAAAAACAGCACCCGCGGAGGUUGUAGAAACAACAACAACUGUAGAUGAUACUGCUAGUGCGACGCAGAUAGAUGAAGAAAUUAGCGAAGAAGAUAGAGAGGCAGUGCUGUCCACGUUUGAUGCGGCGGGGAGGGCAGUAGAAGUUGUCUUUUCUUUCGACACCACCGGCAGCAUGUAUUCAGUGCUUACGCAGGUUAGAACAAAACUGAAAGACACAGUGACCAGGCUGCUCCGAGACAUCCCAAACAUCCGUAUUGGUAUCAUAGCCCACGGAGACUACUGUGACUACAACAAAUAUGUCCUGCGGUCAGCUGACCUGACAUCUAGCGUGGACACUCUGGUGGACUUUGUCGAGACGGUGCCUGUCACGUCUGGAGGUGACACACCAGAGUGUUACGAGUGGGUCCUGAGAAAAGCCCAGCAGUUGGACUGGGCAGAAGAUUCCGCCAAGGCUCUCGUCGUGAUCGGGGACUGUGAGCCACACCCACCAUCGUACACAGACCAGAACAUUAACUGGCAUGAUGAACUGGAUGUCCUCUCUGGAAUGGGGGUCAAGGUGUAUGGAGUACAGGCCAUGAAUAACACGGACGUUAAGGAUUUUUAUCAGGAGCUAGCAGAGAAAUCAGGAGGAGCUUACAUCACGUUUCAACAGUUUGGGCUCAUCACUGACAUGUUUUUAGCAGUCUGUUACACUCAGGCAGGCUCAGAACAGCUCCAGGCAUUCAGUGAGGAGAUGGAGAUGACUGGCAGGAUGACAGAGGAAGCCAAGGCUAUGUUCUCACAACUAGAGGAGGUCAAGGUGAAGGAAGACACAGAGACAGAUGUGGAGGAACACAGGGAAACUCCACAGCGGUAUAAAAAGUGUGACUGGUGGGACGUGACUUUGGACCACGGCUCUCCUCAGUACACCUAUGAUGCCCAGCAUGACACAUGGUCGCCUUUCACAGGUGAGAAAUCAUCCUCCUCGUCCUCCUCUAGCUCUUCCUCUCACCACAAUCCUAUGAUGGUGAUGUCACUCAAACGUGAGGAGGAGGAUGGUAGUGUCAUAUCUACAGAGUCAAAACCCAAAAGAUGGUCACUACGGAAAUCAUUCAGAAAAUGGUUCAGGAAAUGAACUUGUAAUUUUGUGAAAACCUAUUAAAAUAUUCUAAGACUAGAAAUACAUGGAGAGAUGACACCAGCAGCCGCAAGUGGUUUCACUUUGUUGAUGGUUCUACUUCCUGGUCAAAAUGAAACUGUACACUGUUACUGCCAGCUGCUUUAUAAACAUAGCAGUAUCAAAGGCAGAGAACACAGAAGAUGCCCAGUUUUAAAAAUAAUGUUUUGCUUGAAAACUGGUGCAUGUAGAUCAACACUGAGCACAUGAAGAAAGUUUUUUUAAUUUUAAUUAUUUAAUUGGGUGUUAUGUUUAAAGAUGUUUUUGAGACAGUUAUUCUAACUGAAAACUGGUGCAUGCAUUCAUGGAGACUGCAUAAUUAGUUAUUAUAUUUAUGACUGAAAACAGGUCUGCCAGUUCAUGCAUUCGAACAUGAAAUAUUUCUGGAACUUGACUAUGUUUAAUUGCAUGUGGAUGGGUCAUUUACAGAGACUGUCUAUAUAUGUCAGACACUUUAUUGACUGAAUGAGAAGUAAGAUACUUCUCUUAGCCAGCAUGGAGAACAGAAAAGGGGGAAAAUUAAGUUUGUUCUGAUAUUUCAAAGAGCAUGUGCACCUUUUUAAGAAAUAUGAAAGCUCCCCCUGCAGCCUUUGACUCUGCAAUUUCAU